CCUUGGCUCGACGUCAGAGCCUGUGCAGCAGUGCAGUAUAAUGGGAGUGCAAGCAAACCAGAGAGCCUCAUAGCAGGCUGCUGUGUCGCUGCUGUAUCAUCUGCUUCCACUUCCUCUCCCGCUGCUCACCGAAAGCCCGAGCUCGGGUUCCCCCGUCUCCGCUGGAUCCAUACCUUUCGACAUGGAUGUCCCACAGUCUCUCGAGCCCGAGGAUUGCUGUUUGUUGGCGCAGUGAACAGGAAGAAGGAGACGGGAAAGCAUCAUGCUGGGACUGCUAAUGGAUUUAAGGAAAGCGCAAGUGACCAUGCCGUGAUCUUGCGCAUCCAGGGCCGCCGUCACCCUGCCUUGCCCAACAGCAGUAGAAGAAUUAUUGGGGGAUUGACCCCGCGCACCGGGGGGAUUAGCCACUGAGCUUUUGUUCUAAAAAACAACAUGAAGAUUACCUCCCAUCAUCUGAUGAUAACCAGUGUCGUUUUCAAGACCAACCUCAGGCUGAUCCCGCUUCUGCUGCUUUUUCUUGGUUACAUUCACGGGAUGCCACACGUUUUAAGAUUCGGGGGAAUCUUUGAAUCGAUCGAGAGCGGCCCCUCUGGAGCAGAGGAACUAGCCUUCAAAUUUGCCUUGAACACAAUCAACAGAAACCGCACAUUGCUCCCCAACACCACACUGACCUAUGACAUCCAGAGAAUAAACAUCUUUGACAGCUUCGAGGCCUCCCGGAAAGCAUGUGAUCAGCUUUCCCUCGGAGUGGCGGCCAUCUUUGGCCCCUCGCACAGCUCUUCGGCCAACGCAGUCCAGUCCAUCUGCAAUGCUUUAGGAGUGCCCCACAUCCAGACCAAGUGGAAGCAUCAAGUGUCAGACAACAGGGACUCAUACUAUGUCAGCUUGUUCCCUGACUUCUCCUCUCUCAGUAGAGCCAUCCUUGACCUUGUGCAUUUCUUCAAGUGGAGAACCGUCACUGUGGUCUAUGACGACAGCACAGGUACAGGUCUCAUUCGACUGCAGGAGCUGAUCAAGGCACCGUCACGAUACAACAUUCGUUUGAAGAUCCGACAGCUGCCCACAGAGACCAAGGACGCCAAACCACUUCUGAAGGAGAUGAAGAAGGCAAAGGAGUUCCACGUCAUCUUUGAUUGUGGACAUGAGAUGGCUGCCUGGAUCCUGAAACAGGCUCUCGCCAUGGGAAUGAUGACUGAAUACUACCAUUAUAUUUUUACCACUCUGGACCUCUUCGCCCUUGACAUGGAACCGUAUCGCUUUAGUGGAGUCAACAUGACGGGUUUCCGCAUCCUCAACACAGAAAACUCUCAGGUGUCGUCCAUCAUUGAGAAGUGGUCAAUGGAGCGGCUACAAGCGCCACCCAAGCCGGACUCGGGCCUGCUGGAUGGAUUCAUGACAACGGAUGCGGCUCUGAUGUACGACGCCGUGCACGUGGUGGCGGUGGCGGUGCAGCAGUCUCAGCAGAUCACCGUCAGCUCUCUGCAGUGCAACCGUCACAAACCAUGGCGCUUCGGAGGCCGCUUCAUCAACCUCAUCAAAGAGGCACACUGGGAUGGUUUGACAGGACGUGUUCUAUUCAACAAGAGCAAUGGACUGAGAACAGAUUUCGACCUGGAUGUCAUUAGUCUGAAGGAAGAAGGGCUGGAAAAGAUUGGAACUUGGGAUCCUCCCAGUGGACUCAAUAUGACAGAGACUCACAAAAGCAAGACAUCGAACAUCACUGACUCUCUGGCUAACAAAUCCCUGCGUGUAUCCACCAUACUGGAGGAGCCAUAUGUGAUGUUUAAGAAAUCUGACAAGCCUCUGUAUGGAAACGACCGAUUCGAGGGUUACUGUAUCGACCUGCUGAGGGAACUCUCUGGCAUCCUGGGCUUCCGUUACGAGCUGCGACUAGUGGAAGAUGGGAAGUAUGGAGCGCUGGAUGAGAGCACAGGCCAGUGGAACGGCAUGGUGCGGGAGCUAAUGGACCAUAAAGCAGACCUUGCAGUUGCUCCUCUGGCCAUCACCUACGUCAGGGAGAAGGUCAUUGACUUCUCAAAGCCCUUCAUGACUCUGGGGAUAAGUAUCCUGUACCGCAAGCCCAACGGCACCAACCCGGGAGUCUUCUCCUUCCUCAACCCCCUCUCACCCGAUAUCUGGAUGUAUAUUCUGCUGGCUUGCUUGGGUGUCAGUUGUGUGCUGUUUGUCAUAGCCAGGUUUAGCCCUUACGAGUGGUACAACCCCCAUCCAUGCAACCCAGACUCGGAUGUAGUGGAAAACAAUUUUACGCUGCUGAAUAGUUUCUGGUUUGGAGUUGGGGCUCUCAUGCAGCAAGGCUCGGAGCUCAUGCCCAAGGCCCUGUCAACUCGAAUAGUGGGAGGCAUCUGGUGGUUCUUCACCCUCAUCAUCAUUUCCUCAUAUACAGCUAACUUGGCUGCCUUCCUCACGGUGGAGAGGAUGGAGUCACCGAUAGACUCUGCUGACGACCUGGCUAAACAAACUAAAAUCCCGUAUGGGGUGGUGGAAGACGGUGCAACAAUGACAUUUUUCAAGAAAACAAAAAUCUCCACCUAUGACAAGAUGUGGGAGUUUAUGAACAGCAGGAGGCAGUCUGUGAUGGUUAAGAAUGUGGAGGAGGGCAUCCAACGUGUCCUGACCUCCGACUAUGCUUUUCUCAUGGAGUCCACCACCAUUGAGUUUGUCACGCAGCGCAACUGCAACCUCACACAGAUCGGAGGCCUCAUCGACUCCAGAGCCUAUGGAGUGGGAACACCUAUGGGCUCUCCGUACAGAGACAAGAUCACAAUAGCAAUUCUGCAGCUGCAAGAGGAAGGAAAGCUGCACAUGAUGAAGGAGAAGUGGUGGAGAGGCAAUGGCUGUCCUGAGGAGGAAAGCAAAGAGGCCAGCGCUCUGGGUGUACAGAACAUCGGGGGCAUUUUCAUCGUGCUUGCUGCUGGACUGGUGCUCUCGGUGUUUGUUGCUGUAGGCGAGGUUCUGUACAAGUCCAAGCAGAAUGCCCAACUGGAAAAGCGAUCAUUCUGCAGCGCCAUGAUGGACGAGCUGCGUGUAUCUCUGAAGUGCCAACGACGUCUCAAGCAAAAGCCCCAGCCGCCUGUCAUUGUCAAAACAGAGGAGGUCAUUAACAUGCACACGUUCAACGACAGAAGACUCCCGGGAAAGGAAACCAUGGCAUGAACGCUUACCGUCCCCUGAGCAAAUCCCCCUGGUGAAAGCCAUGAAGGGGAGACAAGGGGAGUUAAUGCUGACUUAACGACAGGCACAAGUUAGCAGUAACAACAGGACUCCUUUAGCACCCACAAGUUUAAGUAGACAGAUGUUUCCUGUGGAAAUAAAAAUAACGGAGCAGGGUCACCCCACUGUGACACUUCGAAAGGGGCUGAAGAUGAAGGCUUCUCUGGUCUGGGUUGGUCAAAUCUGUAAAUUGAAAGCUAAAACAUGUUUUUUUUUUGCUCCACACCAUAUGUGAGAACUCUAUCAAACACUCUUCAAAUAAAAAAAUAGCAGAUAUACACUCAUUUUGUCACUUUAACACUUGUGCAGAAGGAAAAACUCAGUUUUUGAAGUAACACCAGUAGUACUUUUUCUGUUGAUGUCAAAAGCCCCCCCCCCUUUUUUUUACCUUCAUGUGUGUGACCCAGUAGAUCCCUUCCCUCCAGUUUUCCACAGAUAUUUUGACCAAACACUAAUCUUACACCUUCAUAAAGGGAGCAGUAACGAGUGCCCCAUGGUUUUUAAUGAACUGAUGUAUAAAAGUAAUAUUUAGUUUGCGAUCAUCUAUGCCGAUCAUCUUGUUAAAUACUUAUCAUUUCUUCUGUGUUGCCUCUCUUGUGCCAAAGUUCUGCCAUUGUAAAGAACUUCAACCAUGCCUAAUAUGUUUCAAACAAGCAAUGUAAACUGUCCAGUCCUUCAAACAUGUCUGUCCACACAAACUUUCUGCAGUUUUCGGUCUAUAUCUAUCAGUUGUUCAACAUGCAGACUUUCUACGGAACUGUUUGUUUCUUUUGUACAAGAAUAAGAAGUUUUGUAUUACUUUGUAUCAUAGUAGCCCCUCCUGUGGACAAAAUAUGUAGCAGAUACCGACUCAGCCCUCAGACUCUGACAACGGGCUCAGGCUCUGCUGUGUGGGGUUCACUUCUGUCAUCAAUCAGAGAUUCAGUCUUUUGUCUGCCAGUCUCACGGGGGCCAAGCUGUACAUACUGUCUGGGGACAAUGUAGUGGACAUUGGUGGUUGAGAGUGACGGAGCUGUGAACGAGGUGAUGCUAAAAGUAGAAAAAUCCAGUGACUCAUUAUGGAAACUGGUGCUCCGUCAGUAAAGUCUUACGGACAGCAAGUGUGGGUAACUAACCGUAGCUCGGAUGAGUCAACAUGAAAGACAUGAGAAAGCAUGCAAAUUUUGCUGGUGUGGAAUAGAAAUGUGUUUAACUGGAGCUAUGUAGCCCUCUUAUACCACAAUGACAUUUUAAGUGUCAAGUUCAAAAAGUUGCAGUUUUAAAAAGAAAACUAUUUAUUAAUCUAAGUUAAAACAGAUACAAAUAUGUUAUUACUGGUAAGAUCUUUUUUUUGAAAAUACAAUCUUUUCAUAUUAAUUGAUGAAAAGACAGCACUUCUUGAAAUACCACAAACCUAAUUUGGCAUUUCUGCUCUUUUCAGCUGACUUUUACUGUAUGCAUCUAUGCCAAUAAAUCUGCUACAAGCUCCCAGCCAUUAAAUUGGCCUGACUGAUUUAUUGGCCUAGAUCCACAAAUAAUAGUAUCAGUACAGCAGGGGUAUCAUUAAAGCCAUAUUUCCAAUGCAAACCAACCUCAAGAAACAUUUUUUUAAACAAUCUGUGUCAGGUUGCAUAGAUACAAUAACACUGGAAUACAAAAAUAUAUAUUUUGCAACUAGAAGUUUGCAUCAAAACUAACUCGUGUUGCACUGGUUGAUGUUUCUAAUUGCUUCUAGCACUCUAUCAAAACAACCUCAGAGGCCAGUGGUAAUGAUGGGCAGCUUUUGAAUGUAUGAAACAGUGCAGCUGCAGUAUAUCUGAUGUUUGGAUCAUUAGGAGCUCAAAGUGCUUUUAUGUUCCAUGUUGCACCUUAGCUUGAAAGCCAGUGUGAGCUUCACUUGUAUAUCCUCAAGUGGGCUUGAUGGACUUUAGGGCACGAUGGUAAUGACAGAACGUGGGCCGAGGGAAGAUUAUAACUGCUACUUGUCUCCAGAUGUGUAUUCUCUUCACUCAAACACCUUUGGUCCUUAUAAGUCUUGCUAUUGACUCCAUGUAAGUUUUGGUUUUCUUUUUAAAUGGCAAGCAAACUUGAUAAGACACUGCACCCAUUGCUCUUGUAUUGGCCCAGUUAGUCAUUUUUAAGCGUUAUUACAGGGUUUCAGAAUACAAAAAAGAAUAAAAAAAGAUGCAUUUGAGCCAGUAGAAAUUGACGGGGAAAGAUGCUAUACUUUAAUAUGUUCUGCCAUUGUGGCUUGUCAUUUUUCAUCUACCUAAACCUAGUGGUGCAAGUGGAGAUAUUCACCAGAUCCAUGUCCAAAGGCUUGGUUGUUAAAAUAAAAAUGUGAGUUUAUGGAAAAUUAUAGUGAUGCAAGCUUUUACAAGAAGGUCAAUAAAAAUGUCUUACUUCUGUA